AUGCUCACACCAACAGCCCUCGUCGCGAGCGCCAUCCCGCUCUACCUGCUCUGGUCCGCGCUCUCGCUCUACACCAACGUGCGCCGCGCCAAAGCGACCGGCCUGCGCGUGCACGUCAGCCCCAUCAGCACCCACAACCUGCUAUGGAUCGUCUUCGAGCCGCUCGUCGUGCGCCUGCUGGAGUUUCUGGGCGCCGACACCGUUGACCUGCUCCGCCUGGCCAAGAGGAACUGGAACUUCCACGACCGCUACCGCGUGCACGACCUCUACGGCAAGGUCUUUGCCCACGCCACUCCCGCCGGCAUCGAGGUCCAUGUCGCCGACGCCGCCGCCUCCGACGAGCUGCUGGCCCGGAAGCGGGAUUUCAUCAAGCCCAUGGGCAUGGUCCAAAUCAUCGACAUCUACGGCCCCAGCGUCGCGUCCACCGACGGCGCCGACUGGACCCGCCACCGCCGCAUCACGGCCACGCCCUUCACCGAGCGCAACAACCGGCUCGUCUGGGCCGAGGCGCUGCGGCAGACGGGCCAGAUGCUGGCCUACUUUGAGCGCGGCAUCGGCCCCAACGGCCCGUCAACCGACUCGUUCGCCCAGGACUCGAUGACGCUCACCCUGAACAUCCUGACCUCGGCCGGCCUGGGCUUCUCCUGCGACUUCCGCGGCGCCGAGGAGGAGAAAGACGCCGACACGGCCACCGCCGCCGCCACCAGCUACCGCGACAGCCUGGCCGGCGUGCUCGACAGCUUCCUCCACAUGGCGCUGGUGCCCGGCUUCGUGUGGUCGCUCCCGCCGGCGCUGCUGCCCACGAAACUGCAGGACUUCGCCAGGCACAAGAACGCCUUGAAGCACUUCAUGGUCGGCAUGGCCGAGAAGACGCGCUACGAAGGGUCCGAGCACGCCAGUCUUCUCAGCAACCUGGUGCAGAAGAACGAAGAGGCGCGCCAGACGGCGUCCAAGCCAUCUUCUUCUGGAAACCCCGUCCAGCUGGGCCUCUCGGACAGCGAGCUGUAUGGCAACAUCUUCAUCUACAGUUUUGCCGGCCACGAGACCACCGCCCACGCCGUCUGCUACGCCAUGUACCUGCUGGCCGCGUAUCCCGACGUGCAGGACUGGGUGGCCGAGGAGGCCCAGGCCGUGCUCGGGACCGACGCUGCGCUCGAGCAUCUGGCGUACGAUGAACUGUUUCCGCAGCUGAAGCGCACGCUGGCUGUCAUGUACGAAACCCUCCGCCUCUACCCCCCGGUCGUCUCCAUCCCCAAAACCACCGGCCCCUCGGCCCAAACCCUCACCGUCAACGCCAACACGCCCGGCCAGCUCACCGCCACCCUCCCCGCCCACACCUACGUCUUCCCCAACGUCGUCGCCCUGCAGUCGCACCCGGACUACUGGGGCCCCGACUCCCUGACCUGGCGGCCCCAGCGCUGGAUCUCGGAGAACCAAGACGCCCAAGACGCGUCCGAAGCCGAGACUUUCAGGCAGCCCGCCGUCAAGGGCAGCUUCGUGUCCUGGUCCGACGGGCCGCGCGUGUGUCCCGGCAAGAAGUUCUCGCAGGUCGAGUCCGUGGCUGUCAUGGCGGGGAUGCUGAGGGAGCAUCGGGUCGAGGUCGUGCCCGAGGGCGGCGAGGGAGAGGAGAAGGCGAGGCAGAGGGUGUUGGACGUGGUCGAGGAUGGGGAGCUCAAGGCGACGCUGUUUAUGAGGAGGCCAGAGGCGGUGAGGCUGAGAGUGGUGAAAAGGUGA